AUGCAGUUUAUUGACUUUUGCUACAAUAAAGCUUACGGGCAUAACUCUGAGGAGUUGUUUUCUUUGCGUGAGAAGUUGGAAUCCCUUUUUGCCGAGUAUGCUUUGAAGCUUGAUCAUUCUGCCUCACCAUCCACUUGCAAGAAAAAAGACAAGGUUGGAAUCCAUUUUGCCGAGUAUGCUUUGAAGCUUGAUCAUUCUGCCUCACCAUCCACUUGCAAGAAAAAAGACAAGGGUAAAGCACCACUUGGAAUGGAAGUAGAUGACUCAUAUUUGUUGAAGUUGGAAUUGUAUCUAGACGAGCUUAUAAUGAAAUGGAGUUAUCAGUUGGAUAUUCUCUCUUAUUGGAAGACAAAUCAGUGCCGCUACCCAAUUCUUACUGCCAUGGCUCAUGAUAUAUUAUGCAUUCCUAUAUCAACAAUUGCUUCAGAGGCUGCAUUUAGUGUUGGCGGUCGUGUGCUUGAUCAGUUCCGUAGCUCCCUUAAACAUGAUAUUGUUAAAGCAAUUGUGUGUAUAAGGGAUUGGUUGUAUGGAAAAUGA